AUGCUUUUUAAAAAAGUUUUGAAUGACGAUGUCGAUUACUGGAGGAGGCUUAAUACAGAAUGUGGAAUACGUGGGAUAUUUUUUUUUUUCGAAGAAAUUCAAGAUGCGUUAACGCACCACUUGGAGCCAAGCCAGUCAACUGAUUCAAAUCGUUUCAAAGCACAGUUAGAUAAAAGAAAUUUUCCUGGAAAAGGGUUUCUGGAAAAAUUAAUCUUCUAUUCAGAAUGGCUUAUUCAGGAUAAGUCAAAGAAAAAUUUUAAGAUUGAUGAGACCAUAAAAAAUGAGAGUUCUCUUGCUGAAUGGUUAACAAAAGCUGUGGUAGACCUUAUUUCAUUUUAUCUUAAUGAGGAAUUGGUUAUUAGCACCUUGUUAGAUUGGAUUGAAAAAUAUCCAUCACAUUAG